AUGGAGCCACCGGCGAAGAAACGCCGGCAGGGCCAGUCGCCCUUCGACCCCUCGGGCGGCGACGAUGACGACGAGCUCUUCUUCGAGCCGCACGAAAUCCGCGCCAAGCGAGACCCCGGCUACAAGCUGUCCCUUGAGCGCGCAUAUGCCGACAAUCGCUUUCAGGCUACGAUGGCGCACAUUUUCGAAAAGUACAGCCGCGACUUCGAGGGCGUCGGUGACGAGAUCGACAUGGUCACCGGCGAGAUUGUCGUGAACAACGGCCACCUCCAGAACAUGCGCAACGAGGUUGAUGUUGGGCUUACUGGUCCAGAAGAUGGCGUUGACGACGAUGAUGAGGGGAUACUGCUCGAGGACCUCUUAGAUGAGGAUGUCAUCGGCAAGGAUACGCGACACUACGAGGAAGGUCCAGAAGGCGAAGACGAAGACGAAGAAGAUCGAAUCAUACAGGGUCAGGAGCUUGGUCAACAUUCAACGGCAUUGGUGCCCGCAUCGCACAACCACACAACCGCACUGGAGAGUGGAUAUCCCUCGUUACUGUCAGGCACAUUCCCUGGUGCAUCCGGCGGCUUCGAUCCUGCGGCAGCCUUUGGCGCUUCGCCCUUGGCCUUUGGCACAUCACCAUUUGCCAUGGACCCCUGGGGUCUUCCCAGUCUCUUCUCCGGUCCUUCUUGGGAACCACCAGACAUAUUCCCGAGGCAACCAAAGCUCCUCCCAUCGGCCGGAGACCGAUACAGUUUCCCAGUCCAAGACGGAGGCAGCUCCAUCUGGGCCCCAAACUAUCGUUUCAAGGAUGAUGAACCUGAUCGCGCCGCUGGUUCUGGACAGCUAGGACCUCCGAAGCCUCCAGGAAGGACGAGGACGAGGCCGAUGAAGUAUCUACUUCCGCCAAACGCCACGCGGACAGAGGACGAUGCCGAUGAGGAGGUUGACGAAGACGCUAUUCUCUCCGGGAAACCGACACAGCAUGAGAUAUCGUCCAAGCCGGCCGAUGCAAACCAAAAUCUUGAAGACGACCCCCUAAACGACGCCAAGGCCCCUACUAUAGCCGAAAGAAGAGCUACGAAGUCUACAAAAAGGCGUGACGCAAGGGCAGCUGCGACACCGGCCACAAGCUCAACUGUUUCUGAGAAGAGCAAGGUCCAAACAUCUACGACGGGAAAAUCACCUGGGGCGGCUGUGGAGCAGCCUCUUCAAACAGUGCCAGAGCCUGUUAUUUCAAAGCCACAACCUGAAACUGCGUCUGAAGCAGCUUCUCCGCUGAAUGAUGCCACAGACGAUCAAGAGCAAUCAUUACGGAUCCAGUCGGGACGCACCCAGAAUCGGGUGGACCCCGUACCGAAUAUAUCCAGGAGCGAUGUCAUAGAAGAACGACAGCCUCAGAGAACUAUAAUGGUAGAGAUACCAGCCAUACCCCCACCGAACCGCGACGAGUACGAGGAGUUCAACGACUUGGCCGAAGAAGCCGAAGAAGUAGCCGACUCGCAGGAUGAGGCUCCGCCGACGCCAGAACAAGAUGUCGCCGACGGUACCGGCGUUGUGACAAUUGCUCAGCCAGAUUUAGCUGCGCUCACGGACACCCCAGCUCCACACGGCGGCAACGCAUCACACAAGCAGGCACAUUCGAGUCGAGGUCAGAAAAGUCGGAGGAAGGAAACUCGCCAGGAGCCAAGCCAGCUCUUUACGCUAUCAGACGAUGAGCUGCCCGUCUUUACCAGACCGACGCCACCCUCGAUACUGCGUGGAUCGAAACGGACUAUCACUCGAGCCUCGUCAUCCGAGCUGCACGACUCUGGCUUAGGAGACUCUGCCGCAACCUUUAGCUCUACUGAGCAGGACGAACAAGACCAUGAAGCAACAGCUUCGUCGUCAGCGGCGGAUGGCAAAAGGCCCAGUAGGCGGGAAUCGUCGAGAGCAGUUGUGCUCAGCGACAAGGAAACUCAGACGAAACCCACUCGACGCGAAAGCGCCGUGCCAGGCGUUGGCUCUUCUGGUGACAGCACACCCAGAUCUUCGUUGGGAGAACAGCUGAAUUUGAGCGGAAGCGACCCAAGUACUGCCGCGUCAAAGUCUUUGUCCACCAAGCCCCGAUCGAGGUCAAGGCGCUCAAAGGUAGCCGUGGCUCCCGCCGGGGCCAAGAUUGCUGGACAGGAAGGGGCCACCGAGCAGCAGCCUGUUGUCGAUGCGAUGACAGGCCAGCGGAGCGCUCCUCCAGCCUCAACUAUCCAUGAGGAGCCGCAGACCCUGCCAGACAAUCCAGCGACCAUCCAGCCGCUGGAGCAUGGCCACGGGGAUACUGCCCAAACAUCACCGACGAAACCCACCCCGGCCAAAGCAACGCCGAACAAGCCCCCCGCCACACCGUCGAAACCUCAUACCCCCAGGCACACCUCCAUCCCCACAGCGAGGGCACCAUCCUCCCGCCGCUCCAUUCUUUCUCUCCUCUCGGCUGACGACGACGCGGACGACGACGAUGAGAAAGACCUCGACGAGCUUGGCCGGGCCAUAGGCGCCUCGGGCCUUCCCGCGCCUUUCCUUAGCUCUGGCGCGCCGUCCAGCCGCAAGAUCUGGAAGUCGAGCGCUCGCACUACAGAGAUUUAUCACACGCCCAUAAAGAGGCGGCCCACCGACAUGGUGAGCCCGAGCAGCAUCAUCAGGACCCCUGGCGGGACGAAGAGGACCUGCGGACUGGAUGGGUACCGGUGUGGACGAGACUUUUGCUUCACCUGUCUUUGA